AUAGUGUUUAGUUUAUUCUUUAGGAAUCAAUAAAAGUGUUUAAAUUUGUUCUAUUUGUGAUAGAGAAUUUUCCAACUGUCAUAGAUGUAGAUGGAGAAUGGAGUUCAAUCAAAGUUAGAAUAUAUUCCUUGAUCAACCACUAUACCAAUAACCUUUUUUAUUGCUCUUACAACUCGCAAAAAUUUUGGAACAAUUGAUACAACUUACAAGUACUACUCUUAUCUUUUGGUCUGCAGUUGAUGUGGUUGCUCCUCUACUCGUACUAUCGGGAAUCAUGCUGAAAUCGUUUGCUCAAAAUUUUGUAAAACUAUCAUCACUGCGAGUAAUUCUUGUUAUCUUGUUCUAUUGUUUGGUUAUGAUGGUUUCAGCUAGAGGCUCUCACGUGACUAAUCCUGGUAUUGAGUCUAAUAACGAUGAUUUGAAGCAAGAUGAGACAUCAUUAUCAGUAUCCACAAGGAAACGAUUAGAGCCCCUGCAUCGCGAUACAGAAUACAGACUAGUAACAGCAACUCAGGAGCUAGAAAUGGAAUUAGGAGCUGGUAGUUAUAACAACUCUAAGACGUGGUUAUGGUCUCAACAACAGCAGCCUUUUCAGCUGUGUCUGGCUUGCGAGUGUUGUGUGUCCACGGCGGAGAUGGAGGCAGAGGCAGAGGCAGAGGCAGAGGCAGAGCCCAGCAACUGUACAAGCUUGCCUUGUUGCUUUGUUAUAGACUGUCAACUCCCUAAUAAGCCUUACGGAGUUUGUGCUUUUGUACCUAAGACUUGUAAUUGUACCUCUUGUGCUACUCCUCUGCUCUAAGCCUUAACUAGACGUAUUCAGCAUUUGAAAUUUAUGAAUUUCUUCAACGAUCUCAAGUUAAUACUAUGAUUGUGAUUGGAUUCAGUGUCAAA